AUGGGCGAUGGGUCGUCCAAGGGAGACGUGGACGCGCAGAGGUUAGCGUCGGUGGCGUCCACGGCGGAGGCGAUGGAGGAGCUCGGGUACGCGUGCGCGCACGCGAAAGAUUCAUUGAUUGAAAUUCUAGGGAAAUUGCCAAAGUUGGACGACGCGGGGUUGGCGAAAGUGGUCGGGAUGAUCGCGAGGACGAGCUCUGGGAAGUUAGAAACGUCGAGGGGGGAGGCUGCGUUGGUGUCGUUGGCGAAAAGCGCCGGGAUCGCGGCGCCGAGCGCGGAGGCGUUGCGAUUGACGACGUGGAACGGGGACGUCGUGGUGGACGCCGUCAACGCGACGUAUAAGGAUUUAAAUUGGGAGAACGCGAUGGAAAAGCUCGAUCAACCCGAGUUUGGAUGUCCGGACGCGAGUUCGUUUCAGUUGAUCUGCGACAUGUACUCACGAGCGACUGGGAAGAGCUUCCCGGCGAAGGCUUUGUGCGCGGCGCCGUGGGGAAAGAAUCAGGCGGGUCAGAUUGAGGCGCUGCGACAACUCUUAGGUUCGCCGCAGGAGUCGUGCGAUUGGGGGAGUUUGAAGCAUGUCGACGUUGAAGGGACGUUAGCGGGGCCUUGGGGGUGUUUGGAUUUGAUGUCGACGCUUUGCUCGUUGAGCGAAACCGGACACCGAGACGCGGCGAGGGGGGCGCUCGAGCCGGGCGCCGGGCGGUCUCCGGAGACGGUGUGCAUCACUCUCGCGCAAGUUUGCGACGAACACAACGCGCUCGCGCGCGAUGCUUUCGGUGCGUUAUUGCCUCCGUACGUGGCGACGUCACACCCUAAGUCGGGGUUGGUUUUGAGCAACGUGUGGGGGCGUCACUCGGUGGCGGUGAUUCGCGCCAUGGUUGACGCGCACACGUCAUCACCGGCCGCGGCCGAUCGUAUCUUUGACGUUUGUCAAGAGUUGAACGCCUUGCAAGUUAUCAUCGAUCGAUCGCCGUUUCCCUUGGCGAUUGAGAUGGUUUCUAUCGCCUCCGUCCGCGCGGGCGUAAACUUGGAGCAGUGGCUGCAAGAGAAGAUCAAAGCCAACGGUGGCGCGUUUGUGAGCGCGUGCAUGCGGUUCUUGCGCGCGAAGGCGACGCAAGAGGGUGGAGAUAAGGGUGCCACGCCGCUCAAGCCAGAGGUUUUGCAGACUUUCUUGAAGGUUUUACAAGGCGCGCAGCAGACGAUGCCGCCCGAUUUGCAGGCGGAGCUUCGCCAACUCGUCGCGCAGAUUCAAAACUCGCCAAACAAAGGUCGAGAUUCGAGCGCGGCUUCGGACGAUUUGUCCGUGCAAGCCGGCACCGCGCAAGGUUUCACGCCGGACGUGGAAGAAGAGGCCAACCGCUACUUCCAGCGCGUGUAUUCUAUGCAGCAGUCCAUCGGGGAGUUGGUCGAGGUGCUGCGCGCUUUCAGAGUGAGCCAAGUGCAACGCGAACGCGAUGUGUUCUCGUGCAUGGUGCACAACUUGUUUGAUGAAUACAAGUUCUUCCCGAAGUAUCCAGAAAAGGAGUUGAGAAUCACAGCUGUGCUCUUCGGUCAGCUCAUCUUCCACAAUCUCGUGAGUAACAUCACUCUCGGCGUUGCUUUGCGUUGCGUCUUGGACGCGCUUCGCAAGCCGCAAGGAUCAAAGAUGUUUGCCUUCGGGUCGGAUGCUCUCGAGCAAUUCAAGCGUCGACUCACUGAGUGGCCACAAUACUGCCAGCACUUGGCGCAGAUUCCGAAUCUCGCGCAGGCACACCCUGAUUUGUUGCACCUAUUCUCUAAAGGUAACGAUCAAACCGUGGCGCUCGGUCGAAGCGAACCGAGCAUGAACACCGCGGCGAAUGCCGACGCACAACUUGCCGCUGGAGUCGCGGGAAUGCGUAUCGGUGGUGGCGACAGUGGAGGUGAAGGAAACCACCCACCUUUACCUCGAUCACUGUCUUCCGGGAUGAACUUACCGCCUCAACCACCGGGACCUCCUCCAGCGGGAGAGUCGGCGCCCGCGCCGGCGGCCAGUCGUCUGACGACACGCGGUAUGAGUACGCCAGAGAUUGGUCAGAUCGCUCGCGUGUCGAGCGGUGGACAAAUCGCCGCGGCGGCAUCCGGUGCGCCCAGCGGCUUCGCUACGUCUUUGAACAUCGACACCUUGGUCGCCGCCAGCGCCGAAGCAAAGCAGCCAGACGCGGCGACAGCGGACAAGGUUCACUUUUUGGUGAACAAUCUGUCGGCGGAGAACAUGGAAGAAAAGGCGGCUGAAGUCAAGUCCAAGGUGAGCGCAGAUCUGUACGAAUGGUUUGCCGGUUAUCUCGUGGUGAAGCGUGCGUCGAUUGAACCAAACUACCACGCGCUUUACCUCGAGCUUCUCGAGAAGGUUGGCGACAAGAAUUUGUACGCCGCGAUUUUGCAGGCCACGUACCGAAACAUCAAGGUUUUGUUGUCAAGCGGUAAGGUCAAGACGAACAGCGGCGAGCGCAGCUUGUUGAAGAAUCUCGGCUCGUGGCUCGGUCAACUCACCAUCUCGAAGCGUAAGCCCGUGCUUCAGCGUGACUUGGACCUCAAGGAGCUGAUUUUGGAAAGCUACGAAUCCGGUCGCAUGAUCGGCGUCGUGCCCUUCGUCGCCAAGGUGCUCGAACCGGCUAAAGACAACAUGAUCUUUAAACCGCCGAAUCCUUGGACGGUGGCCAUUUUGUCGUUGUUGUGCGAAAUCUAUAACGAACGCGACUUGAAGCUGAACCUGAAGUUUGAGAUGGAACGGCUGUUCAAGCAUUUGGACGUCAACAUUAAGGACAUCGAGCCUUCGAUGUUGCUCGCGUCUCGAAUGCGCGAGCGCCAAAACAACCCCGACUUUGUCGCGGACAAGAAUUUUGCAGCGCCGGUACCGUUGCAAUCGGCCGCAUCAGAAGGGUCGCUUCAGCAGCACGGCGUUGUCGGUCGUAGUAUGGAUGAGGAAGAGAAGACUCGUUUGCAAACGCAAAGCCUCGAGGGCGCGUUGCCAAACAUGCAAGCUCACGUGCGCGUCGCGGCGGCGCCAAACUUGCCAGAAUCUACUCGAGCCGCGCUCUUGCGUCUCCUCCCUGUGGCUUUGACGCAAGGUAUUCGGGAGAUCGUCGCGCCCGUUGUCGAACGUUCCGUGACCAUCGCUUGCAAAACAUCGCAAGAGUUAGUCCGCAAGGAUUUCGCCACCGAGGCUGACAUCAACCGCGUGCGCAAGGCGGCGCAUCUCAUGGUGUCUUCGCUCGCCGGCUCGCUCGCCUUGGUGACUUGCCGAGAGCCUCUCAAGGCGAGUGUUGCGAAUCAGCUUCGUGCGCUUUUGCAGCAGUCAGGUGCCGGCGCCGGCUCGGAGGCAUCCGCCCUCGAAGCCGCGGUGCAAUCUGCGACGGUUGACAAUCUCGAAUUGGGUUGCGCGCUCAUUGAAAAGGCGGCGUCCGAGAAGGCGAUUCGAGACAUCGAUGAAUCUCUCGCCGCGGCUGUGAUUGUGCGUCAAAAGCAUCGUGAGUCUGGUAUCAAUCAGCCGUUCUUUGAUGCGGCCAUCAUGCAAGGUCGAUACCCGGCGGCGCUUCCGGAGUCGCUCAGACCGCGACCUGGACAGCUCCCCACCGCCGCUCUUCGCAUCUACGACGACUUUGCGCAGCUUCCUCGCGCACCGUCGGGACCGCCGCCGCCCUCGGGCGCGCCGCCGGCUUUCGCGAGACAGCCACCUUUCGGACAACCACAGCCACCGCCACCGCCUGUGGCGUAUCCAGGCAUGCCGCCGCCGCCACCUCCAGGUGCGCCGCCACCGCUGCCGCCGGAUGUUCCGUCUGAGGGCGUCGCCGACGGCGCGCAAGACGCCGGCAAGGAUUCGGCCAAGGGUCCUCCGUCUGGUGCGCAUCCGCACGGUCAACCCGAUCCCGCGGGCUUGCGCGAAAAGGUUGCGGCGCACUUCGACGAAUGGGCUCGAGUGCAAGAUUUGCCCGUCACCGACGCGGCGAACGUGGCGUUCAUGCAGCGACUCGUGGAGUCGCGUCUGCUCGCAGAGGACACCCAAGAACGCUUCUUGCGCAUCUUGGUUGAACUCGCCGUCACUCACUGUCUCGGCAGCGAAGUGCCGAGCGCGACGCCUCAAGCGAGCUCGCAGCUUUCUUUCGCUGCGAUCGACGCGUACGUUCGCCUCGUCACGCGAUUGGUUCGUCGUCAAGAAGAACCGCUGGCGUCGAGGUUGGCAUUUUUCGGCCGCGCCUUGGUCGCCGUCGUCCGCACGGCGAUGCGCGACACGGAUGAACGUAACGUUGCGUUUAACGCGCGACCUUACUUCCGCGCGCUCGCUGGUUUGCUCAACGAGAUGCACGCCCCAGAUAACGCCUUGGACUCCUCGCAUCCUCAAGUUCUCGCGGCGUUUGCCUCCGCUUUUUUGGCGUUGCAACCGCUUCGCGUGCCGGGCUUUGCAUUUGCCUGGCUUGAACUCGUCUCCCAUCGCUGCUUCAUGCCUCGUCUCUUGAUCGACCACGAACAAAAGGGUUGGCCUUUGUUGCAACGAUUGCUGACGGCCAUCCUACGCUUCAUGGAACCGCACUUGCGGACGGCAGAUCUCUCUGAACCGAUCAAGUUGCUGUACAAGGGCAUGCUUCGCAUGUUUCUCGUCUUGCUGCACGACUUCCCGGAGUUUUUGUGCAACCAUCAUGUCAACUUCUGCGACAUCAUCCCGCCCAACUGCAUCCAGUUGCGCAACUUGGUGUUGUCGGCAUAUCCGCGCAAUAUGCGACUACCCGAUCCGUUCACUCCAAACUUGAAGGUGGACUUACUUCCGGAGACGCAGCAAGCGCCGAGAAUCAACGCCGACGCCGACCACGCCUUCCGCUCCUCGCCCAUGCGCGAAGAAGUGGAUGCGUUCUUAACGACACGAAAGUCUGAGAACCUGAGCCAGCAACUGAUUCAUCGCUUGAUGUUGUCUCCUUCAGCCGCGCUCGCGGCGGGAACAAAGUACAACGUCCCGUUGAUCAACGCCUUUGUGCUCUACGUCGGCGUCCAAGCGAUUCAAGCAAACCGCAGUAAGGACGCCUCGAGCGGCAUCGCGCAAAGCGCUCCGAUGGAGUUGUUCUCGCAACUUAUCGAAUCGCUCGAUAUGGAGGGCCGAUACCUGUUCGUGAACGCUAUCGCGAAUCAGCUUCGGUAUCCGAACUGCCACACGCACUACUUCUCGUGCGUGAUUCUCUUUUUGUUUUCCGAAGCCAAGUUCGCGAUCAUUCAAGAGCAAAUCACGCGCGUUCUCCUCGAACGCUUGAUCGUCAAUCGGCCACAUCCGUGGGGUUUGUUGAUCACGUUCAUCGAGCUCAUCAAAAAUCCGCGGUACAACUUCUGGGGACACGCUUUCACCAAGUGCUCGCCGGAGAUCGAGCGACUCUUCGAGUCUGUCGCUCGCUCGUGCUUACCGCAACAAGACAAGGAGGGCGUCCCGAAACCUUCGCCGGUGCCCGCGUCAUGAUACCACCCUCUGUUACAACAUACUCUCCCAUGACCAAUGAGAAACAGAAAAAGAACAAAAAAAGCUCUAGAGCUAGAAGACUCGUCGCGCGUCGCCUAGGGCGUCGACGAAGUCGUCAU